AUGCUGCUGAGCAAGCAGCCUGGUGAUACCGGCAUCUACGCCACCGCCACGUCGAGCCAGGUGCGGCUGUACUAUGUUCUCGAUCGUGUCUUCCCGUUCGCUUCUAGUGGUGCGGUGGCAGCGGGAGGGUCUGGUAUGCUGGGCAGCGUCGUGUGUGACGGUUUCGAUGACGUUGGCGCCUCCACGACUACCAGGUCUGUCAAGCCCGUGCCGCCGGACCUAAUGCCGUACUUUGCUGGUGCACCGGCAUGUGUGCCUCGUGAAUACCUGCGCAUGCUGUGCCGCCUCUCCGCUGUUGGCAGAGGCACCGGCUCUGUGGCAGCUGCGACGGCUAGCGGCAUAGAUGUGCGGGCGGGCGGGUAUGACGCUUAUGGGCUGCCCGCUCCGUUCGCGAUGUCAGCAUCACGCGUGCGCUUUCCACCACCCCCUCGCACCAGCGUGGGGUACGCGUCGGCGACUUCUGCGGCUUCUGACGACUGGCUGCAACAAGAGCAGCAGAAGCAGGACGUCAACUCCGCGUACCACUGGGGCGCCCCGCUUGUCCCUUUUCAUACAGUCCCCUGUGGCGGCGGUGUCAGCGCUGGAGAGGGGCGACUCUUCAGCUCGCAUGGUGGAGCAAACGCGUCGCCGCAGGAAUGGGCGACGCCAACGGUAGCCACCGCCGGGGCUACCUCGACCUUUGCAGAGGAGUACGGCCCGGGGCAGUCGUCAGGUCGCGUGAGCGGGAACAGUGCAGCGGGGUAUAGUGGAUACCACGCCGGCAGCCUGCAAGCACUAGCCGGGCGCGCUGGUGGUGGCGGCGGUGGUGGUGCUCGCACCAGCAGUACCGCCUCGGCCGCGGCCGUUCCCCCUGCUCCCACUGCUCUCUCUCUCAGCUGCGCCACAGAUUGCGUGCUGUUCUUCGUGGCGAAUGCGGAGGGGCUUAGCUGGAUUGGCCGCAGCGAUGCCACGACACUGUCCCCUCUUCGGGUGUCCAUGUCGCUGCCGAUGCGACGGCGCGGCACCGACGGAUACGGCGGGCCGCCCGGUGGUGGAAGUGGCGGUGGCACUGUAGUGUCAUCGGCACGGCACCCGCCGCGGCCGUUUUCCGAAGGCUUUGGCGCGCCGGUGAACGCUACCUUCCCCGCGAACAGCUUUGCCAGUAGUGAGCAGACUUCCACACCGCCGAACACGGCAGGGGACUGCUCACUGCAGAACGCCCCGUUAAUGGUGUCAGAUGGGUACGGAGACGAAGGCGGCGAUGAGAACAGAGCAGGCGAGGCGGUGGCUGCUGGCACCGGAGGCGGUGGUGUGGCAAACAGCCGCCGCCGCCCUAGUUUAACCGGCGCUGCCGGUCCAUGCGUCACCGACGGACUUGACGUGUACGGAGGGGCGGCCCCGGCGGCUGUGGUGGGGCUCCCGACGCGUAGGCCAGUAUCUCGUCAUGACCGCGUUGUCACCGCGUCCGGAUGGGAUCCGCGCAACUCGGCCAUACUCGCCCUGGGCCGGCAGAGCGGCGCGGUGCAGCUACUGGAUGUCGAGUACGUGCUGGGCUCGGUGGAGGGCAGGUGCUGUAGCUCCACUACCACGAGCGUCAGCACGAGUAACGCCGACACCAACGAGCGGUUUUUUGUGCCCGCGGUAGGCGGCAUCGCCGCAGGGGCCAGCGCGCUCGGCGGCAGCAGUGUCGGUGGCACCCGUCUGGUGCCAUACGCGGGCGCGGACCACCUCAGCUACAGUGUAGUUCAGCAGAAGCAACUGCUGGGCCCCGUGACAGCGCUGGAUUGGAUGCCACAGUCCCACCUGACUGUUGUGGCCGCGCGGCGUCUCGAUGGGCUCGGCUUCUACGCAGAGCUGCUCGAUCUGCGCGCCUCUCACGACGGCGUCACGUACCUCGGCGCACCGCCCGAGGUGUUCGGCGUCCCUGUCUACGCGCGCACCAGAGACAACGCUGCCCCAUGUGUCCUUUGCAGUGCCGAGCAGGUGGCGUGCCACCCCUCGCAGCGGUACGUCGCCACGGUAGGUGCGUCACAGAUGCGGGACAUUGUGCAGCUCUGGGAUGUGCGCAUGGCGACGCGGCCGGUUUCGUGUCAGGUAUACGCGCGCGCGGGAUAUACCUCCCUGUGCUGGAGUGCGACAGAGGCGGGGGUGGUGCUUGGCACGACGCGCGACGGCGGUCUGCGCGCGCAUACCUUCAAGGCGCUUGCACCAUCGCGCGCUGCUCCAAGCGGCCCUGUCGUCGUGACGUCACACCACUAUGGCAGCGCAGCUAACCCCCACCUGAGCCCGAGCGGCUUUGGCUCCGGUGGUGCCGGGGGAGGUUUCGGGGCUGGCCGCAGUCGCCAACGUCGCGCCCCAAGUGGCGGCCUUCCGCACCACCGCUCGCCGAGCGGCGGAGAACUGGAGGCGGAUCGUUGGGGUGUGAUUAACAGCAACCCUGUGAACAGUGGCUGCAGUGGGACGGAGGCCGAGGCCGAGGAGGACUUCUCGGACGGCUCCUGCAGCACUCGCUCCGGCUUCUCCGGCGACGGCACUGGCACAACCAUGCCCUCCAUCACUGACGGGAGCAACGCUUUGGUGCAUGUCAGUGUGAAGGCGCAGUCCGCGCUUAAGUGCCGGUUGCCGUCCCGCGUGCCUGCCGCAGCGGUGGGGUGUGUGUGCCACCCGCUCUCGGAGUCGAUGAGGGCGGUCGCCUCCGGCAGCAUCCCGGGCCUCGCGUCGGUGCACCGCAGCACCGGAGGCGGAAUGUCCGCUGCCGGACCUCACCACUCUGAGCUCUUGCACGCCUCUCACGGUGCUACUAGCGGCCUUCGUCCCACAGACGACUGUGACGGCGAGGUGGACGACAACGCAAUGGCGCGUGGCUGCCGAACAGACUUGCCACAGCUGCUGCUACUCAAUGCAAAGAAUGGGGAGCUAUAUACGCAGGUGUACAACCCAGGUGGCAGCACGGUCACCAGCCUCAGCAGCAGCACGGCACUGGUCGGCGCCGGUCCCAACGCUUUCCUCACACACACCUCCACGGCGUACAAUACAACGAUCUAUGCUUACGAGGAGGCUGUGCUCGACCGGCUGGAGUGUCAAGCCGCCGCCGCCAGCGCAGCUCCUGGUAUGGCGGUGCCCUCUUGCCCCACUCCCACCUCUUUUGGAUCCGCAUCCAAAGCCGGAAUGGGCUUGCUGGGCGGGCGCGCAGGUGUCGCCGGCGCGGCAACCGUUACCUCUACAAACAAACCUCACGUAUCAGGCGACAGCACCACUGGUGGAGCUCAGCUGUCAAGUACUGGCAGCUCUGCCACUGGCGGCGGCAGGGCUUGUGCUGCAGCUGCCCGCGGUGGCGGGGGCGGUCGUGGUGGCGUUGCGGCGGCGGCGGCCAGACAAAAGGGGCGACCUAUGGAUUUGAUCGGUCUGGGGCUCUUGGACGAGGUGGAGGACGAAGACGACGAAGAAGAGGGUGAACGGGACACGCCGCGGGCCCGUGCUGGCGCUGCCUCCACCGGUGACUACGAGCACUGCGUUCUCGCCGGCGCCAACGCGAACGAGCAGCAGUCUGGCUUCGGCGCUGCUUCCUCUACAGCUCAUGGCCUGCUGAGAAUGGGGGCUGCAGGGACCGCCGGAGUGGGUGACAACGAGGGCUCGCCAAGCUCAGGCAGCCCGCGCGCCGGACUUUCGAGGGAGGCUGCGUCUUCUGUGGUGGGCAGUGGCGGUGCAGCUGCUCCUAAAGGUCCUAAAGGUUUGCAUGGCAGCGGCAUCAGCGGCGCCCUCCAGGAGAAGGAGCUACUCGGUCGUCGAUCGUCCUUGCGCGAACCUGUCGCUGCGUCGCCUCACAGCCGGUCCACCCCUGCAGAACCGAUGCAGCAGCCAUACACAGGCACCACAUCCGCGGCUGGCCGAGGUGCCGCUCAGUCCGCACCAACAGCAGCAACACCAGCAGCAACGUCCAUUCCACAGGAAAUGAGCUUCUGCGAAUUCCACCGCCUUGAUCGUACGCGGCAUCUAUGGAGACGGCUGCGCAGCGGCUUUUCAUAUGACCCGGUGCGCAACUUGACCGUGCUCCUGCGCGAAGGCCUAGAUCGGGAGGCGUACGCCACCUUCCUCUAUGGCUGCUGUGCUGCACAGCUGCUAUUCCCCACUGCUGUGAUGGUGGCGCCAAAGUCUCGUGGCACCGACCAGGCGGCGGGGCUGGCAGCGUCGGCCCCCUCUCUAGUUGUGGGCCUGAAGCGAGCCGUGCCAGGGCUGCUGGAGCUGCUGGUGUCGGAGUGUGAGUUGCGGCAACAGCUGGGGCUGAGUGACACUCGGCUCUCCUCGCAGUUUCCGCUCAGUCACCACCACCACCAGCUCGCUUUGACCAAUGCAACCGCCGCUGGCGAGGCGGCGGGUUUUGCGCCUCCGAGCGGUUACGCCAUCAUGAGCCCCAUAGGGGCACGCGGACUGCCGGCCCCUCUGCUGGCGGGUUUGUCGAGCGCCAUGGAGCGGCACAAGGGGCCUUCGGGGUUUUCACUGCACCCGUUCAGCGCCGCCGCGGCAGGCAUUCGUGCGGGCCGCCCACCAUCACCAGCGCACCUUCCCGGGCCCGCGAUCAACGCUGGCGUGAGCCGUGCGGCUUCAUCAGUUCUCAGGGGUGGAGCAGGCUCCCCUGGGGCGGCCGGUGGUGCUGCAGGGGACAGCGCCGCAUACCUUCCGACGUACCCCGUGGCGAUUGGGAUGUUGCGGCAGCUCGUGCUGGAGUCCAUGGGUUGGACGACGCCACCUGCAGUGUUUCUCGUUGAUCCACCAUCUGAGCACACUAUCGAGCGUGAGGGGACGGGUGCCAGCGCUGCCGCGGCGAGAGCCGGUGGGGCGCAGGCGACCCGGUCUCCUCCUCCACGCGGCGACCACCACCCCCGGCACCCGGCGGAGAGAUUUUUCGUGCAGGGAGACGGCAUAGGCCAACGCAGCCUGCAGGAAGCGCUGGAGCGGCGCGUGGCCGUGCUCGUGUUGCUGGACCGUCUCGAGGAGGCUGCGGAGUUGCUGGCGCUGUACGGCACGCACAACGCGCAGUACCCCAGUAUCGCCUUGACCCUGUCUGCAGCGCGCGGCCGGCAGACAGCUGUGAUGAGCCUGGCAGCAGACGACUGUCCUGGGGUAACUUUCUGGAUUCAUUUGAUGCUCACAUACAUGGAGCUUGUGAUGCAUCAGCAGUCGUGCGGAGCGGCGGCAGCAGGGGAUAGGAUUCUGCCGGCGGAUGCUGGGAGCGCGGGCAGGGGCAGCGACGAGGCCACAUCGAGCACGGCCACGUGCACCGCUGAGGCGACGGAGCCAGUCAGCCGCUUCGAUGACCUCUUUACGUUACCGCAGCAGAAGGCAGUGGUGCUACGCCUGCUGGAGAGGUAUCCGCGCCUGGUCCUCUCUGACAAGGUGGCCCUUUCCACGGCGCUGCUCUUGCCCUCGCGGUACCACAGCGGCCAUAUCGCCAACGUGAUGGAGGUUUUGCAGGCUCUGGUGCAGCAGCAGUACCGUGAUUACUCUACCACCGCCACCGCCAGCACAGCAGCUCAACAGGCGGUCGCCGACAGCAUGUACGGGUCGCCGUCCUCAACGUUGUCGCCACUCGGGAUCCGCGCGCGGCAGCAGAGACGCGUGGAUUCAAAGCGCGCAUCGCUGUCCGGCCUACCUCGAUCGCCUGCGCAGAGCUCUUCCGUAGACGUUGCCGUGUCGCCGGCGGCUCUCAGCGGCCGCUUCCCAAGCUCGUCCGGCGCCUCCCUCCCUGCCCACGGCAGCGUCGAUUCCCACUACAGUGAUCCUAGUGACACCUUCGUGCUCGCUGCCGCCGCAUCCACCGCCUCUGUGGAUCGCUUCGCCCCCAUCUACCGGUGCUCGCUGCUGCUCGUGACGGUGGUGGAGGGCGUCAGCACCGACUGCGGCGCACUUCAGCGCUACGUGGACGAGAGCGGCGACGUGCAAACGCCCCUGAGUUACGCAGCGGCGUUCAGCAAUGUGCUCUCGCCAACUGUCCGCAUGUGGCGUGACGCGUACCGGCGCUUGCUUAACGACCAGGGACUCGCCAUGUGGCGCAGUCUUCACGAUCUGCAUAUCGUGAAACUUCUCAAAGCACGUGAAGAGGCGGACAAGCACGGGGGUGGCAGCGCCAUCUCCGGCAGCAGCAACUCGCAUAGCGCCGGUGCCGGUGGCGGUGUGGCGGGCAUCCCGGGAGGCUCCAUCAUUGGCGGAGGCGGUGGCUCUUCCCCGGGCAUGGUUGGCGCAGGCACCACACGUGGCGGCGGUGUUGUUGGAGCCGCCACCGGCGCCCCUCCAGGAGGCCCUGCGGGGCCUCUCUCGAGUGCUGACGUGCCUCGACCAAGUGGUUUCCCUGGCGCGCUGGGGGCACUCGGAAGUGACAUCGGCGUGGGGCCUGGUGCCGCCUCCGCUGCGGCGAUGAUGUCGACCCAAACAGCCAUGAUGAUGGAGCGCACGCUGAACCGAUUUGCCCAGACCACCGCAACCGCGACAACCGACCGCGACCGCUCGUUGCGCGAGGCGGCCGGGACUGCUGGUGGGGCCAGUCCAGGAGCUAAUGAAGCGCUCUACCGAGCGGUGGAGCUGCGGUGCAACUGCGGUCAGGCGAUGCACGCGACGGCGCCGAGCAAGAGCUCCAUCUCGUCCAUGACCUCGACGAACAUGACCCGCAAACAACUCAUUCCGUGCGGCAACCCGGAGUGCCGACAGUGGCAGUCGCCGAUGUGCACCGUGUGCGGUGAGCGUAUGGAGCACCGCGCGACGGAGCUGCCGCCGGAGCGCUUCUUCGCAUGGUGCAGCGUGUGUCUGCACGGGGGCCACUGGUGCCACCUGCGGGAGUGGUUCAGCAAGCACACAAAAUGCCCCGUCGAGAACUGCCCCUGCCACUGCUGCGACAGCGUCCAUCUCUCGUAG